GUCAUCUUCAGGUUGAGGGAGAAGAUCAGUGAAGUCCCAGACUGCGGCUGAGAAGAUGGCGGCCAAUGACAUGGACACUUUCGAGAUAAGUGAUAUGAAGCAAAAAAAAACUCCUAAAGAUAAAUUUUUGCAAAUUUUCCUAUUUGUAUAUGUGACCUUCCUGACCUGUGGAUUGGUGUUCUUGGCUUAUAGAGAAUCAUCUCUACGGAAGGAAUUUGUUGCCUUCAGAGAGGAUUCCUGCCGCCUGGGAUGUUCUCCGGAGCUCAACACUUGGGACGCAUUCAGUGGCGGCACCGAGGGCUCCACCAUGGACUCUGAUGUGGAGGAGAUGAUCCACAAUAAGAACACAACAUCAUUGUCAGCAGAGAACUGGAUGAUGGCGGUAGAGAAGAAGAUCCACUUCAUACACGUCAAGAACACGAAGAUGAACAUGAGAAUCAACAACAUCACAUCAUGGGCCGGUAGACCGGGAGAACCGGGACCCCCAGGACCUCCAGGAGAAAAGGGGGAACAAGGUCCUCCCGGCCAGAAAGGAGAGGAAGGAAGCAGUGGUAAAGAUGGUCUCUCUGGAUUGCCUGGAAUUAUUGGACAUCCUGGAAUCAAGGGUGAGACUGGAAAACCGGGACAAGAUGGAGAAAAAGGUGCUGAGGGUGCUCCUGGACCUUCUGGGCCCCCUGGUGCACAGGGGCCAAAAGGAAGCAAGGGGGAAACUGGUAUGAAUGGUGCCCCAGGAUUACAAGGAAUUCCUGGAAUUAAUGGAGAAAAAGGGGAAAAAGGAUACACAGGUGUCCAAGGUCAGAAAGGAGAUGAAGGAAACAUUGGACCAGUGGGGCCCCCAGGACCUGUAGGAACCCCAGGAAGAAAUGGAGAAAAGGGCGAACCUGGAAGACCGGGACAGGAUGGACAGAAAGGUUUUAUAGGAUCUCCAGGAAUUCCGGGUGACAAAGGGGAACAAGGCCCAACAGGAGAGAAGGGAAGCAAAGGGGACAUUGGUGUAACUGGAGCUCCAGGUGUCCCAGGAAUACCUGGAGGACAGGGACAGAAAGGAGAUCAAGGAUUGAAGGGAGAUGUAGGACAGAAAGGAGAAGCUGGGCAUCCAGGGAUAAAUGGACAGAAAGGAGAACCCGGACUUCCUGGACCUCCAGGUGCAAAAGGGGAUGUAGGCCGCCCUGGCCAAACAGCCAGUGAUAUCGUGCGGAUUGUGGGAGGAAGCAAAGGUCGAGUAGAGGUCAAACGCAACGGAGAAUGGGGCACCAUCUGCGAUGACGAAUGGGACAUGAACGACGGGAAAGUCAUCUGCCGCAUGUUGGGGUACUCGAGGAUUGUGUCCACGUUCACCGCUACAGCAGGGUCCGGGAAGAUCUUGCUGGAUGACGUGAAGUGCACCGGUAAUGAAAAAAGUAUCCUGGACUGCGUGAAAUCCGCCUGGGAAACACACAACUGCAGCCACAGCGAGGAUGCCGGGGUAGAAUGCGCCUGAGAGACUGUGAGCGCCCCCUAUCGCCCACACUGAUCUGAAAGGGGCAGCGAGCCUGUGUGGUCAUAGAAGAUGCCACUGCUGUUUACCUGCUGCAAAUUCAACCACGACUUAUUCCCCCCCCCCCCCCCCCCCCACAGCAAAACCUGCAUCGGUAACCCCGGCCUGUGAGCGCCCCCUGGUGGUGCAGCUCAUUAUGUUAUAAAGCCGAUCAAGUGUCAUAUGGAGAUUUAUUAUGUGGGGCAUCAAACAUCCAUGACUGUCCCAAGCCUGCAGGGUAAAGAAUGGAGGAUUUGUAUUGGCUCUAUAAAGAAACAUAUCAUUACGCUCUCACCUAUACAUUAUAUCAGUGUGUACCAACUAGGGUGCCUCCAGCUG